AUGAGCACAAAAGCUUCGGUGCCAUUAAACGGUGAAGACGCCACCCCUCGACGACCUCGCAAGUUUUUAAAAAGAACAUCAUCUAAUGGCUAUAAUGGUCAUCAUGCGUACGAAGAGAGCCGCAGCAUGAUGCAAGACGAAAAUGGAGGUAUUCUUUCAUCAUCCACAUCAAACCGAACAAACACCACAACAAAAAAGCGAAAUUUUGGAACAAACGGAAGCCGAAAAGAAGAGGUGUCUGAUGACAGUGAAGACGAAAGAGAUAUCAAAAAAUAUCAAAAAGAAGAGCAAGGUGAUGACGACAUUGAAAACACGGACCAGUUGAGUUCCUAUCUCAAAGGCUCCGCUCAAAUAAUUGAACAAAGAAUACCGUUUGUAAAGGCUCAGCUCCCUGACAAGUAUGAAAAUCUUUUUUCGAAUAUGAAACCAAUCAAUGGAACGUCCAACAAUGUGUUUGUUUUUGAUUCGUCAUCUAAAACUACUUCCAAGUCCACUAACGGAACAGCAACAACAUCCACCUCCUCAUCAUCAACAAUACAAGACAAUGGCAUUGAACAUAAUAAGGAAUUGGAGACGCCAUCAACAUUUCUAUUUCCGAGAGAAAAGAUCAUUGCUCUUAACACAUGGACUGAGAUCAAAAAGAUUGGCCCUGGCUUGCAAAAUCUAGGAAAUACUUGCUUUAUGAACGCAGCUUUGCAAUGCAUCAUGUAUACACCAGGUAUGCGUAACUUUUUACUCACAAGAAAGAUGGGAGAGCCUUCCAAAAAGUUCAACGCGCUUGAUGCCAUGUCAGCUUUAGCUAGAGAGAUGUUUGCUAGCGACAAGUCUGAGUCAACAUCGGCUAGAACAAGAGCCUAUUCAUCAAUAGCACCUGCUUUCAUUGCAAAACACUUGAAAGGGAUUGGUGGUUUUGUGUUGGGCAGACAAGAGGAUUCUCACGAAUUCAUUAUCAAGCUUCUUGACAAGAUGGAGAAUGCAAUCGUGGAAAAAUACAAAGGAAAGCUCAAUAACAUGGUUCUGGAAACAAAUCCAAUUCACCAGAUUUUUGGUGGCUACCUAAGAAGUCAAAUCAAAACUCAAGAGACAAACUACAUCUCAAACAAGUACGAUGCAUUUAUUGAUGUUGAACUGCAAUUGAAUAAUUGUAGUUCGAUUGAAAAAUCUCUUCAAAAUUACAUUACACCUGACCGUUUAGAUGGGAAAAACAAGUACAAAUGCCCUAAAACAAACACCUAUGUCACAGCCUCCAAAAAGCUGACAAUUCAUGAGGCUCCAAUUAAUUUAAUUCUUCAACUUAAACGUUUUAACAUUUUUGGAAAGAAAGUAAGCAAAAAGAUAUCCUAUGAAGAUACUUUAGAUCUAUCCCCAUACAUGAGUAACAAAAAUUCUGUGGCGAAAUAUCAUCUCUAUGGAGUUUUAGUGCAUUCUGGUGGUUCAUCAUGCUCUGGACAUUACUACUCCUAUGUCAAGAAUAGUAAUGGAAUAUGGUACAAAAUGGACGACUCAUCAGUCACUCAAGUUAGUCAAAGCACAGCACUUUCCCAACAAGCCUACAUUUUAUUUUACUCGAGAAACAUGGAAGACUUUAAUCAUAUAGAAUCAUCUACAAUUUUCCAAGAGUCUAUUCAACGAUAUCGAGAAAACAAGAACGGAAUUUCCUCCCAAUCUGUGACUCAACAUAAGGAUGUAGAAGACACCAUUGAGUUGCAAACUCCUCCAGUCUCUUCCUCCAACAUUAUUCCAACAACACCUCAAAGUAAUGGUCAACCAUCAAUCGAAGAAAACGGUCAUCACUCUGUCACACCCACCCAAAAAUCCCGAAGAAAAGUAUCCAACCUUGCCAUUCAAACGAAUGGAACAUCCUCUUCCCAAACUGCAGACUCGUCUACUCCUACUUCAGGCACCGUUGGCACUCCUCAAAAAUCUUCCAGUUCCAAAAAACCAACAAACCUUACCAUUCCAUCCUCUCAUGUCUUAGCACCUGAACUGCCAUCACCAUUUUAUGCACCAGUUAAGAUCGAUGUAUUGCAAAAUUUAACACCACAAAAACUCAACUGCUUGAAAGCUCAAAGACCUUCAAAUUCUGUUGGCGUUCUCAAUCUGCGAGGUGUAGGAGGGUUAUUUAGUCCAAUUUCUCUCACUAAUGCAACCAACAUCAAUACUAUGUGGAUCAAUAAGAACUAUCUCGAUACUCUUAAAAAAGAUAUAUUCAAAAGAGAAAGAUUGUUUCGUACUGACACACCUUCCACGCCUCUCAAAGUUAUAAAUCCCAAUGAUGGCACACCCCAAAAUCCGUUUGCUCUCGAGAACUUUGUUUCCGAUUCUCCUUUAUUCUCACCAACCUCACAAAUGUCACCAUCUGUUUUUGAAAAGAAAGGCACCAAGAGAAAGAUGAUGGACGAUAUCAGUGAAGAAGAGCAGCAACACGAAUUGAAUGAAACCACGAAUAAUACUUUUCAAGAAGAUUCAAAGCAGAGCAACACAUCAUGUACCAAAAUAUCUGCCAAGGACCUAUUCACCUCUGCAUCUGCCCAAUAUUCUGAAGAGGUAGAUAUUUGGGAGAAUGAUGAGGCUAGAGAAAAUGCAAAACAACAACGAUACAUCAAUGAGAAAGUUCUGGCUCCAAAAGUUUUUAAGAGAGACGAAUACGAUCGUGCUUUGGAUGCAGGUAAAAAGAAAAAGAUUCGAAAGAAAGAGAGCUCUGAAGACUGGAUGCAAAUCAAUGAAGCUAUUCAGAAAACAGCAGAGAGAAAGCAAAAACGAAAGUAA